AACGGUCUGUUUGGUCUAUCGCGUGCACGGCAAAGAGCGAUAGUCACUCUGCCGCUCUCGGCACGAGCCACCGUGACAUGCGAUCGACACUCGCCGCGCCUAACGUACGUGACCGGAUGCGAGAAGCAGUGACGAACGAUAAGUCUAAGUGCCUUUCUUGUCCGCGAGGAUCGUCGCUAUCAAUUUUGAUCGAGAAACGAUCGAGAUUUUUGUAGCAAAUUCAUUGAUGAACGAAUGAACGGACCGGACGUAAAGAUUCGCGAAACAAUAAAUACUGCUGGGACUCGUGCUACAAAUAUCGAGGAACAUGCUGCUGUUGCACUGUUGCCGAGGAUUUAUAUUUGGGACGAUAGACGAGAAACGAGGAGAGCCCUGAUCGCGGGUCGCUCUCGACUGAUCGGCUCUCAAAGCUUGCGGAGCUUUUCUAAUCGAACGAUCGCGACGUGCAAGGUCGUAAGCUUUUUCGGGUGACGUAUCUGGUGAUAGUCAAUCAACCUUUUACAACGAUAAUCGGUGUAGUUUUUCUCGUCUCGUUCCUUUCAUCGUGUGGAAAACAAAUUCGACAAUGAUCUCUCUUCUUAUAAUGCGAAACGCGGUUCCUUAAGUUCGAGCAUCUCAUCCUUUUCAACGUUAAUCACUCGAUCGAAGAUCUUUUCACAAUCUUGACCCUGCAAGAAAGUUCAAUUGAUCGUCGAGCGCACGUUGGAUAUGCUAAGAACACAUACGAAGCAUCGAUAAAUAUGCAUAUUGAGAAGAAAGUGAUAUGAGCCGAAGACAAAUCGGUACGAACGGCUGUCGAGGACGUUCAACCGCGAGCGAAAAAUUUCCGCAGGGGAAUUCCAUCAUGCCGUCGUGAUGACGUAGAUGAGAGCAGUGAUCGGAGAAAGUCAUAGAUUGAUUGAGACUCAGUUUGCACCGACUGUCUAUCGUGUGGGUGGGUGUGCGAGGAGAAGAGUGCGAAGGGCGAGUUUCUUCCAACGAAGAGCGAACACGCUAAAUGAAAGUCUUACUAUGCUAAGAUAUGACGACGAAGAGCCGUCUGUAAGCUUGCACCCACGAGACCUAACAACGUGGGAGCUGAUCGGUAAGACUUGGCGGCGUGCGAGGGUGGUGUCCGCGGGCACCACCGAAAACUGGGGUACCUCGAGGACGAGAAGGGGAUCCUGGAGGAGAAAGAGGUGGUUCGCAGGCGGGAGGGAAGAUCGGAGGUGACUAUCCACCCCACAUGGACGCCACCCCCAAAGAACCAUCCGUACCCCCCACACCGAAUAUCCUGUCGUCAUUAUCUCGCCGCGGAAUAUCCGACUUGAGCGUGGUCACGGUGUCGCCGCACCGUCUCUUAUAUCGCCGUCAACGCCGUCGAAUAUCUAGCAGGAGAUAUCUUUCAUUGCUCUUCUUCAGCAGUGGUGAUCGUUGUGCGAGAAAACCAUCAAGAACAUCAUCCCCUUCGUCACCUACGUGCCUCGAUCCUCUUCAUUCUUUGCGUCCUGCGGUGGAAAAAUCAUUGAUUUCGCGUCAUUUCUUCAACGUUCUGGAAACAGGACGUUGCACUCCAGAAUCGUCUGUAGCUGUUGGCAGUGAGACGAUCCUAUCCGUGGACAAUCCCACGUGGCAUCUGAACACGACGACGUUAAUUAUUCGCCAGGCAGAAGGAAAAUUUUUUACGCAUCGCGUUUUUACACCGCGUCAACGCGCAUUUGAUGCCUACUUUACAACAGCCGACCAGCGUCGCGCCGGAAGGUCGCUCCAUUUAACGGCUGUCAUCUUCCGCGUUGACGGAUAUAUCGACAGACUCCGUCCACAAACGCCUAACUCGAAAGUACAGCCUAAAAUUAAACCACGCAAACAAUGUCACGCAGCGCUGCCACGCGGCCUAUGCAAGAAUUUCGUUGCAACUGCAAACAAGACGUAGCAAUUACAUCGAAGAAGAAGACUUUAGACGUC